UAUGGCAUGUUCCUCGAAGAGCACAACUACUUCGAGGAGGCCUAUCGGGCCUACGAGAAGGGCAUUGCCCUGUUUAAGUGUUCGAAGGGCCCGCGACCUCUUCGAACAGUGCCUGGAUCAGUGACCCGCUGAGCAAUCCAAGUACUUUUACCAGCUCUACGCGAAGCUGGAGGAGGAGCACGGCUUGGCCCGGCAUGCCAUGUCCGUCUACGAUCGCGCCACGUCCGCCGUCAAGGAAGAGGAGAUGUUCGACAUGUACAACAUAUUCGUGAAGAAGGCCGCCGAGAUCUACGGCCUGCCACGCACCAGGGAGAUCUACGAGAAGGCCAUCGAGGCUCUGCAUGAGCAGCAUAUGCGCCACAUGUGCGUCAAAUUCGCCGAGCUGGAGACGAAGCUGGGCUAGGUGGAUCGAGCCAGGGCCAUCUACGCCCAUUGCUCACA